ACAGCGCAGAGCCCAGCGCAGUCUGCUGGGUGCCCACUCCCAUUGCGCUCGCCGCUCGUGCGCUCUGCUCGCGCUCCGCGCCCCCGCGAGGUGCAUUCCCUAGGAUCGUCGUGGAGCGCACGUCGUCAAGACAGGGCCGCCGCCCCACCCCAGCGCCGGGAGUCCAGAUCGGCACAUCAGGUCAUCUGUUCCUUCCUGGGGAGUCGCCACACACACCUUGACGGCUGGCAUUUCUCUGUCCUGUAUUCCCUUGAGUCUUCUCGCCUGGCUGCAAAUUCGGAUAAGUUCUUCCCGCUGAACUCUUGGGUUCCCCAACGGAGCUUUCUUAGCUCCCCCCAAAACCGGUCUCCGUGGACAAGUGAUCCCUGCUGUUGCUGCCUUUGUUUAAAAACCAAGACAGUUUGUUUUGCUGACAUCCUAGCCUGUGAUUGCUGCUGCUGCUGUCAUGAGCGAGCAAUGCCAGUUUCUCCACUCUUAAGCCCUGUGUGAAGCGCGGAGGCCAACGGACGCGGACCAAGGUUUGAGCGCGCCUGCUCACACCUCCCCUCUUCGUAGAGAUGUCGGAGGCCGACUCAUCAUCUGGAUUUGCCGGAAGUGUGGAGAAUGGAACUUUCCUGGAGCUGUUUCCCACAUCGCUGUCGACAUCGGUGGACUCGUCCUCCGGCCACCUGUCCAACGUCUACAUCUAUGUCUCCAUAUUCCUCAGCCUCCUGGCUUUCCUGCUUCUGCUGCUGAUCAUUGCUCUCCAGAGGCUGAAGAACAUCAUCUCCUCCAGCUCCUCCUACCCAGAGUAUCCUAGUGACGCUGGGAGUUCUUUCACCAACCUAGAAGUGUGUAGUAUCUCCUCUCAGAGGUCGACGUUUUCAAACCUCUCAUCCUGAAGGAAAUAGCCCAAGUGAGAAUGGCUUUGGUUUCUCCGUACUGAAAGAUGGUCAUGAAAGAAAUGACCGUCAAGGCAGACCUGUUUUCCUCCUUCAUUUUUAAAUUUCUUUUCUCCUGAGAUUAUGCUUCAUUUGUGAUGAGAGGAUGGUGGAAAUGCAGGUAAACUUUGAGGCGUGGGAUUCCACACAAAGUUCUUGGGUCACCUGGAGCCUGCCCAGCACUGUGUUGGACACCUCGGACUCAGACUGCAGGGGAUGCUGGGAAGAGACACUUCCUCUCUGACUCUCUUACAAAAGACCUGGAACUGGAGACGAGCAGAAACUGGAAAGCCAAGUAGAGACUAUUUAGAAGAUAUUUUCUGGAUUUAAAAGAUAAAGCAGAGACAGAGUUGGGGGGAGGAGUGUCAGGGAGAGGGAGAAGGAGAAGGAAAAGAGAGAGAAAUUAUAUUUAACACGUAACAUUUCCAAAAGGAGGUUAAAAUUGGCGAAAUGUUUUUAUUUCAUUUCACCUUAGCAAAUGUCAUGCAUGAUGAGCAGAAGUCACUUGGGACUGUUCCAGGGGCAUCGAACGCUUCAGUGACACAAGGCAAGUGUGUCGUGAGGCAAUUUUCCCUGCUUUCUGCUCCUGGGUUUCCUCCGAACUCAUGUUGCACCCAUAGCUCUCUAGCUAUGGAAUCCUUUGUGACGGUCGCUGUUGCUAUUACUAUGUGAAGCCCAGAAGAGGCACAAUUCCAUUUUAAUUUCCUCACUAUUGUUUCCAUCUAGUAGGAAUUAAAUAUAAAGACAUAUUCGUUGAGUUGCGUUUUAUACAGUGAUACUCUUAGCACUCAUGUGCUCCUUCACUGAGUUUGCCUUUAAAGCUUUACUGCACAAUAACAUGGUCUCUAAGGUGUCAGUGUGUGCUCAUGUGAUUUCGCGAACCUUAGGGACAGUGUCGCUAAUAGUCGUGUCAUACUCCACGAACGGGGUCUGUCUCAGAUGACUUGUUCAUGUUGACAUAAUACUCUGGGUUUCUAAGCUGUGAAUUUAUGCUAAAAGCUGCAGACAUUGCCAUUGGGUAGCUGCAGAUACUUCCGUGCUGCUGGGCGCUGCUAUCCUGAGGCCACCCACAGACGUCCAUGAGAUGAGGCGCAGAUGUGAGCACAAGGCUGUGCAGGGAAUUGAUCAGAACCAACGACAGCUUGUAUGGAUAAGAAUUUAAAAUCCAUUUGUAAAAUAAAUGGUCCACAGACUGAACUCUGAGCUGGGUAACCUGAGUACUGCUGUACCAACAUACAGGUCUUUCUUAGGCAAAGUAGUUAUUGCCUGCUCACAAAAUUUGAUAAUCUCAAACACUGUAAUUCAUACACAUACACACACACACACACACACACACACACACACAGUGGAUGGGUUGUGCAGUCAGGACUCCCUGGGGACUGGAAUGGGAGAAAGAGUUAAACAUUUUCUAGGCCCUGCCUGACAUCCUAGACACACCAAGGGUUGAAACUGGUCAAGAAGAUCAAAGGCUGCUUCCUUCGUUUUUCUCCACAAUCAGAUCAGGGCACACUUAGCUACCUACAUUUCGAAAGUAUCUACAGACACCAUCAGACCAGUGCAGAUGCUGCCCUACAAGGUAUAGUGAAAAUCUUGUGUCAGCUGUCACGUAACGUGUGACUUAAUAUAUCCUAAAAUCUUGGACUGGUGAAGUCCUGCAGUUUGGGUGGUUAUUGCCAUUCUCUGAGUAUCUGUGGGCACAUGUAUGUGUGUAAGUAUGUACAUGCAAUGUGUGCAUAGACAUGUGGGUGCGUGCACAGGUUUUCAGGGAGAUGUUGUGGGACAGCUUUCAGGAAUUCAGAAGUAUCUGCAAUGUCACUUCUGCUCUUCUGAUUGUCACUUCUGCUCUUCUAAUUAUUUUGGUUCUGAGGUUAUUUGGGUAAAGAGAUUCUAACAAAUAAAAGGAAAAACGUCCCGAAUGACAAGUCAACCUGAUCAGGUCCUGUCCUGCAGGGGUAACUUCAUACUCUUUUCUCCUGGAAUAGAUUCAAAGACUUUAGACAGCAAAACUGCCUAAAUCAAACUCACUUGCCUCUCUGCAGGUGCACUGCCUAGCUAGCCACAUGAUUCUUGUGCCUCAAGAUAAACGGAGUAAUUAGUAGCAGAACUCAAUGGUGGAAAACAGGCAUCACCACUAAGCAUUGUAUAACUUAGGAGGAAUCUGUCUUGUGGAAAAUGUUCAGAGAGACUGGAAUACAGGUAUACAAAUAAAGAAGUGGAGUCUGUUGAAA